AUGACCAGAUUCAAGUCUGAGAGAAUUGCCAAGUUCGCCUUUGACUUUGCCAAGAAGAACAACAGAAAGUUGGUUACUGCCAUCCACAAGGCCAACAUCAUGAAGUUGGGUGACGGUUUGUUCAGACAAACCGUCAAGGACGUCGGCCAGGACUACCCAGGCAUCGAAGUCAACGACUUGAUUGUCGACAAUGCUUCUAUGCAAGCCGUUGCCAAGCCUCAACAGUUUGACGUUUUGGUGACUCCAAACUUGUACGGUUCUAUUCUUUCCAACAUUGGUGCUGCCUUGAUUGGUGGUCCAGGUUUGGUUCCAGGUGCCAACUUCGGUAGAGAAUACGCCGUUUUCGAGCCAGGUUGCAGACACGUUGGUUUGGACAUCAAGGGCCAAAACACCGCCAACCCAACCGCUAUGAUUUUGUCUGCCACCAUGAUGUUGAGACACUUGGGCUUGAACGAGUACGCCGACAAGAUCUCCCAAGCCACUUACGAUGUCAUUGCUGAAGGUUCCACCAGAACCAAGGACAUUGGUGGUACUGCUACCACCACCGAGUUCACUGAUGCUAUCUUGGCUAAGUUGAACGCUUAA